AAUCAAACAAGAGUUGCUCUCUCUCUCUCUCUCUCUCUUAAUUUCUUCCGAUAAUCUGGAACGAGUGGUGAUGCUUGCUCACGUCUCCUUCAGUCCUCAAAAGAUCUUCUAAAGCAUACAUACACACAGAUGUAUAUAUAUAGGUUUUCGACGAUGUCAUAUAGGCUUUCCGCUUUCCUUCACCCAUUGCAAAUUCUACUCUGAAUUAAUCGAAAUUGGAGAUGACGACCGCGAUGCAAUCUCUGUCGGCGACGUCCUCUUACUCUGUCAGCUUUGGCUUCCCCCCUAAUUUCACUACUCCUCAAACGCGCCUCUAUCGCCGUCGUGUCGUAAUCGCGAAAGCUGAUGAGCCAUCAGAUAAGUCUGUUGAGAUUAUGCGUAAAUUCUCAGAGCAGUAUGCUCGAAAAUCUGACACAUUUUUCUGCGUUGACAAAGGUGUUACUUCUGUAGUUAUCAAGGGGUUGGCAGAUCAUAGAGAUACAUUGGGUGCACCACUUUGUCCUUGUAGGCACUAUGAUGACAAAGCUGCAGAAGCAAGUCAAGGCUUUUGGAAUUGCCCUUGUGUACCCAUGAGAGAAAGGAAGGAGUGCCAUUGCAUGCUUUUUCUCACGCCUGAUAACGAUUUUGCUGGCGAUGAGCAGGCUAUUUCCUUGGAAGAAAUCAAAGAAUUGACAGCAAACAUGUAGUUGCACAAUUUUUUUCCAAACAAAACAAGCAGUCGUUCAUGUAUAUUUAUAUGUUAAAUGUUAAAUGAUUAUAUAUCAUAUUAUAUCAUCAAUCUUCAAUCUAGUUGUGUAUUUGAUUUCUUUUCUAUAGCUUAUCUUCCACGAAACCAAUAAACAAAAACACAAACGAAAACGUUUUAAAGAUAAAAACUAUAACAAUACAAUAUUAUUAUCAACAAAUUCAAUAAGCUUUAACAGAUGUAGAAGGUGUAGAAGCCGAUGAAGAAGAACCACCAGUUUUCUUCGUACAAUCUUUCCCCAUUCUCGAAGCCAAAGCAACCAAAAACGGCCGUGCAGCACCACCACCAACGCCGGCAGCAGCCACCGCCGGCGAGUUGUGACUUUUGCAGGCGUGAUCGGAUUGGAACCGGUGCUUCAAACAGAAUUUUACGUCGCAAGACUUGCAAGUACUCGUGUUUGAAAAGCCAUCGCAUUUGAAUGGGAGAAAAUCGAGCUGAUUGCAAUCGGGAAGCUGACAGUGCUUGCCUAAAUCGGGAAAAGCUUCUGUUCCUGCCAUGGUAUUAUGGUAUUAUGGUAAUUCUCUUGAUCUUAAGAACAAUUUAAUGGUUGAAGAAAGUGAAAUAGAUAAAUUGUGAUUUUGUUUGUGCAUUGGGGAUUUUUGGGGGGAGUAUAUAUAGCUUUGGUUUUGACUUGGGGCGUAAGCCAUGAAAGCGUAUACACGU